GGCUGUCCGGCUCGCUGCCUGACCGAGCAACCACCCUCGCUGCGGCGCUUCCGCCACCCGCAGACGCACGCGGACAUCGCCGGCCCGUCGGGACGCGCUGGAUAGCGAAGCUUCUGUGGUUUGGCGGGCGGGCGGCGCGGUCCGGCCGGGGUCCUUGAGGGUCCUCGACCGGCCCGGGGGAGGGCCCUCUUUGUGGCUGCAGUUGGCAAGAUGGCGCCGGUGGGGGUGGAGAAGAAGCUGCUGCUGGGCCCCAAUGGGCCAGCGGUGGCGGCCGCCGGCGACCUAACCAGUGAAGAGGAGGAAGGCCAGAGUCUAUGGUCUUCGAUCUUGAGCGAAGUGUCCACCCGCUCCAGGUCCAAGCUGCCGUCCGGCAAGAACAUUCUGGUGUUCGGAGAAGAUGGUUCUGGUAAAACAACUCUCAUGACCAAACUACAAGGAGCAGAGCAUGGCAAAAAAGGAAGAGGCUUGGAGUAUCUUUACCUCAGCGUUCACGAUGAGGACCGGGAUGAUCACACCCGCUGCAAUGUGUGGAUCUUAGAUGGAGACCUCUACCACAAAGGCCUGCUGAAAUUCGCAGUUUCAGCUGAGUCUUUGCCGGAGACCCUGGCCAUUUUUGUUGCAGACAUGUCUAGACCUUGGACUGUAAUGGAAUCUCUACAGAAGUGGGCUAGUGUCCUACGUGAACACAUUGACAAGAUGAAAAUUCCACCAGAGGAAAUGAGGGAUUUGGAACGAAAAUUUAUGAAAGAUUUUCAAGAUUAUAUCGAGCCUGAAGAAGGUUGUCAGGGUUCCCCACAGAGAAGAGGGCCUCUGACCUCAGGCUCAGAUGAAGACAGUGUUGCCCUCCCUCUGGGUGACAAUGUGCUGACUCAUAACCUGGGGAUCCCAGUGUUGGUGGUGUGCACAAAGUGUGAUGCAGUGAGCAUCCUGGAGAAAGAGCAUGAUUAUAGGGACGAGCACUUCGACUUCAUACAGUCUCACCUGCGGAGAUUCUGCCUCCAGUAUGGAGCUGCUUUGAUUUACACCUCAGUGAAGGAAGAGAAAAACCUUGACUUGCUGUAUAAGUACAUUGUUCAUAAAACAUAUGGCUUCCACUUUACCAUACCUGCCUUAGUUGUGGAAAAGGACGCAGUUUUUAUACCUGCAGGCUGGGAUAAUGAAAAGAAAAUAGCUAUUUUACAUGAAAAUUUUACAACCGUGAAGCCAGAAGAUGCAUACGAAGAUUUUAUUGUAAAGCCUCCUGUGAGAAAGCUGGUUCAUGACAAAGAGUUGGCAGCAGAGGAUGAGCAGGUGUUUCUCAUGAAACAACAGUCAUUCCUUGCCAAGCAGCCUGCCACGCCCACAAGAACCUCCGAAUCUCCUGCCAGAGGACCCUCUGGUUCUCCAAGGACCCAGGGUCGGGGUGGACCAGCUAGUGUGCCAAGCGCAUCCCCAGGAACAUCAGUAAAGAAACCAGAUCCAAACAUCAAAAAUAAUGCAGCAAGUGAAGGGGUAUUGGCCAGCUUCUUCAAUAGUCUGCUGAGUAAAAAAACAGGCUCUCCUGGAAGUCCUAGUGCUGGUGGAGUGCAGAGCACAGCCAAGAAGUCAGGACAAAAGACUGUGUUGUCAAACGUUCAGGAAGAGCUGGAUAGAAUGACUCGAAAGCCAGACUCCAUGGUAACAAACUCUUCAACAGAAAAUGAAGCCUGAUCCUCCUUUAAAAGUGCAUAUGUCAAAUGACCAAAUAACUAUGUAUAUUCAUCUGAUAAGACCAGGAUUUUUCUGAUACAGCACAUGCUAUCAGUUUUUUUGGGUAGGGGAGAUGAACUUUUAAAAGAAAUAUAUAUACUUCAUUGGCUUGUCCGAGUGUGAAAUGCACAUUUAGGAAGGUUACAUGUCAGGCCCCUUGUUAGGGAUGUCCCUUGGACCCUUGGGCUGCGGUUCUCUUGUGGGAAUCAAGCGCAGCUGGGCUUCUUUUAGAGUGGAAAAAGGGGGCCUACUUACUAUCAGGGUGGAGCAAACGAGACUAGUAAGUCAUUAAUCAGAUGGUCAUAGUUUGACCACUUGCGUGUUCUUGGGAAGCAGAUUAAGUAGCAGAAAGUCCAGGGAAGAGAAGUGUUCAGGAGGGAUGAGAGAAGUGCUGGUGGAGAAGCCGAAGGUUGAGGGAGGUGGAAGGAGGAAGUGAGUGGCAUUAACUACGUGCACGGUAGAAGUCAAAUAGCAUCCUUUAAGACUUAACAAUUAGAAGCAUUUCCAAACUGAACACUAAACAGAAUGGGAAUUGGGCUUGUUCUGAAUGCAUCUUUAAUUUUGGGAAGUGUGUUUUGUGUGGGUACCUGAGGAAGGUAGACCUGACACAGGGAUGCUGAUGCAUCUUUAAUUUUGGGAAGUGUGUUUUGUGUGGGGUACCUGAAGAAGGUAGACCUGACACAGGGAUGCUGAAACGGCAGCUGCCCGGGACCCACAUGCUUGGCCCAGGCCGUGUCCUUUUGUCCUUGGAGAAAUGCUGGGUCUCUGAGCAUACAGCCUGGGCAGGUAGUUGCUGUGGGUUGUGUUCAAAGUCAGCAGAUACAAAAUUAGUUUACUUUGAAUUAGAUACUUCAAAUAGCUCCUGCUUUAUUUUUUGUUUGUUUGUUUGUUUUUUAAUUAUUAUUUUUGACUACCACAGGCUGGCCAACUAAUAGAAAAUGGGUGAUUGAUCUCUCAUUUUACCAUAAUGGCAAUGUGCUAUAUGAAGUUUGGGGAAAGUAUUUAAUGUCAUUGCAUUCUGGUUAAUAAGCUUGUUCCAAAGCCUGCCUUAGAAUCUGUGGUAACCUUCACUGAUACAAAAGGUUCUUUCUGUGGCUCUGGUCUGAUCACUGCUACCAGACCAACAAGGAAGUGCUUUAAUUGAAAAUGGAAGUGACAGAUUUGUGUUUGUCAUAAAAUGUAGCACUUCUUUUCUUAUGGAAGUGGGAGUUUUAUGUGUCUUCCAUUUCGGGGCAUAUUCAUGCACAUCAUCAUGUCACACACCACCGUUCUGAGAAUGUCUUCUGUGGAUUUGAAAUAAUAGCACUUUGAGUUUUCUUUGUGACACAGCACAUAUAAUGCGAACACUACCAUGACUUUAAUGUAUAAAACAUUUGUUGUCCAAACCCAGGGGCCCGCAGCUCACUUCCGCGGGUUUGCGUCUCUGUGAGUGUUUGUUCUAGUGCCCAUAGUGUCCUGAUGUCACCACUUCACAUGCCUGCCAGACUUGACGGGGACAGGGCUCCGUGGCUGUCGGAGUCACUUUGUGAAGGUCUGAACACUGUUAAGGAGAAAGCUGAGUGCUUACUUGCCCCUCUUAACAACAAAAAGAUGUUUCUUGUGCCCGUUUUACUGUUGAAAUAUAUGUUUUUCCUUUUUUAAUUCAGUUUUUUGUUGUUAUUAUUUUGGGGUUUUUAUUUUGUUUUUAUUUUUUUAGCAUGCAUUGAUGCUUCAGAUUACCAGGUUGUCCAGGCAGUGACAGUGAACUGAGGGCGUGUAAGUGAGGUGCUGACCUGCAGACGGCUCCCCUAAAGGUAGGGUCACUUCAUCUCUGCAGCAGCCAGGACAGAAAGAAAGACCUCAGAAAAAAGGAAUUCUUGAAAAGACACUUGCCUAAUAGUGUAAUUUUUAAAAUUUUGAUGGCAAAAUUUAAAAUGUGUCAUUGAAUGGUGAAGCACUUUUUGUGUUGAUGUAAAACAUGCUAGAGCCAAUCAGUGAGUGCUGAGGCCUGGUCCUGGGAGGGAAGGCUUCUGGAGACCACUGCUCCUCCUGACACUGGGAGGAGCUGGUGCAUGUUGCCAAAGUCUACCAGCUUUGGGGAGCUUCAGGGUUCUUUUGGGGUUUGAGGAAAUGAGGUGAUUUUUGUUAUUUUAGGAUUCUUAAGCAUCGGAACCAAAGGCCAAAUAGUAAACAACCUUCACUUUUUAAAGUAAAAUUAAUUUUAUUUGCAGAAAACACUUGUAUGGUAGACUGUAAAAAACAACUUUAUGACUAUUUAUACAUACUAUAGUGAUUACCUCUUUGUCUUUAAAUGGAUAAUUUUGAAUAAGCCCAACCCAGAUGAGGGCUAUGAAUUGGUCUUUCCUAAAAAUCCAACAGAUAAUGCUGCUAGAUGAUUUUUUUUGCACUUUUUUUUCUUUUUCCUUUUUUUUUUUAAGAAAAAAAAAAAAGACAGGGUUUUUCUAUGUAGUCCUGGCUGUCCUGGAACUCACUCUGUAGACCAGGCUGCCUCCAGUUCAGAAAUCCACCUGCCUCUGCCUCCCAAGUGCUGGGACUAGAGGCGUGUGCUACAAUGUCCAGCUACACCUCUUUUAUUAUUAUUAUUAUUGGCAUUUUAAAACCAGUAUUUAAACUGAAGAGAUUGUUCUCUUAACUUGAUGAAGUUGAAAGUGACUGCUCUGUACAUCAUGACCUAACAAUGUUGAUGCUGUAAGUGAAAGUCCACCGUUUUCUCUCUGCUAAGUUCAUGAGCGCAGCGGUCUCCCACUAGCCUUAGUCCAAGGUGUGGCUCUCUCUGGGUGCAGUAUGCAGUCAUGUGGAGCCUUGCUUUCUAGUGCUGGGGAACAUGUCUAAUUACUGGCUUCAAUAAACAUGAAUCCAGACUGCUUA